AUGUCCGCGCCCUCACUCCGCCUCACCUUCCUUCUUCCCCCUUCAUUUUUUUCUUCUUGCGAAAUCUCCGGCCACCAUUCCUUCAAUGGCCGCCCUGGCCGAGCCCUCCCCGCAGGCGUGUGCCUCUGUAAAGACCGCGAGAGCUCUGCGUGUGCGCGAUGUUGUCGCCUUGCCACUCCCCAUGGCCGCCAUCCCGCCCCAGCGCCCACACUCGCCGCCGCCGCCAUUGUCGAGCUCGUCGAUCUCCGCACACAGCUCGGCGGCGGGGUCGCCGGCUGCUGGGCUCCGCGAGAUUCUCCUCGUGCGAGACGCCGGGGAGCAGGAACGGGAGAGCUCGGCGCCAAGUUCAUGGCGGCCGGAGCUGGGCCAGUUCGACGGGUGGGAGAGCUCCGGGGAGGAGCAACGGGAGCGCUGGGGCUGGUGCCACCGCAGCCGCCGCGGACCCCAAGGGCGCCGCCGACGACACCGAGGUCGCCACCGGCCGCUGUAUCCGCCUCUGGCCUGUCGGGACAUGCGGUCGCCGCCGCCGCCGAGGUCACUGUCGACACCUCCACCAGCAGCGCCAGCACGCACAGCGGUAAACGUCUCUCUCUCAGUCACCAGCAGGAUGUUGCCAAUGGCCAUGAGCUUGGCGUCGAGGCGGACUUCGCCUUCUGCUCCUCGGCUUCCAUGGCUGUCUGCGGACCACGGCCGUCGCGGACCACGUUCAAGGACGGGGUGGCCCCGGACGCGGUCGUGCUAAACAUGGCCAUCGCGGCGUGCGCGCAGGCAGGGCGCUGGAGAGGAUGGCACGGGAGGACGGAGUGCGGCCAGACGGCGGCAAUGCUGGGGGCGCUGUCCGCGUGA